AAGAGAAAGAGACUUGCGUGUUGCUCUGAUGAUUGGGGAAGGAAGGGCGUGCUUGGGCGAGAGGGAAAGCAGUGUAUAUAAGGCGGCACUUGUCGAGGGAAGGCACUACUACCCGUCACUAUGGCGUUCCUGGUACUGGUUUUGGCACUUGUAGCUGCUGCGUCAGCCGCCCCUCAGGGUUAUAACUUGGGAACGCCUUCUGGUCCGUCCUUCAACAUUGGAAGCUGUGGUCGAGGGCAGGUGCGACACGUGGAUGGCAGAUGCGUUACUCCUCGAGAGAAUCGCCGUGUGUUCCUCUACGAAGUCCCACAUAAUAUUGCCCCGGCUGGACCGCCACCCUUCAUCCCCGAACCUACUGUAGAGACAAAUAUCUUGUUUAUCCGAACUCCAGAAGGAGGGUUAGGACUAGAACCCAUUGUCGUACCUCCACCACAGCAGAGACACGUCGUGUACGUCCUCAACAAGCAAUCACAACAAGACCAGAGAGUGAUCGAAGUCCCAGCACCACCAGCCAGCAACCCCGAGGUUUACUUCGUGAACUACGCUGACGGCGAGAAUCCAACCCUUCCCAGCGGCGUUGAUCUGCAGACAGCCUUGAGCGCGGCUUCUCAGGGCGGUGGACAAGUGAUCGGAGGAAGUGGGUCUUUUCGGAGGAAGCUCUGGUGGCAUCAUUUCAACUCCCUCAAACCUGUACAGUACACCCAGGUAAAUAACCCACAGAGACUCUUCUGUUACCAUUAAUACCUCUAGUUACAUGCAGUCAUAAACACCAUCUGUGUGUUUCCUUUAACUGUUUUAACAAACACUCGCGUAUCAGACUGCACUAGUAAUGUAAAAAAAUAUAACUGUUUUGUUAAUAAAUAUACUAUCUAC